AUGGCUAGUGCACUGAAGCAGUUUCAAAAAGCCUGUGGCUUCGUUGACCAGGAGGAUUAUCUCAUCCCAACUCUUACUGUGUAUGAGACUGUUCUUAACAGUGCGCUUUUACGCCUUCCGAGAUCGAUGUCCGUCAAAACGAAACGAGCUAAGGUCGUUCAAAUACUUUCAGAACUCAGGAUCUUGCAUAUAAAGGACAAGUUGAUCGGCUCGGACUUUGAGAGGGGGAUUUCCGGAGGUGAGAAGAGAAGAGUUGCCAUUGCCUGUGAGUUGGUUACUUCUCCUUCUAUUCUUUUCUUGGAUGAGCCUACCACAGGUUUGGAUGGUUACAAUGCAUUUAAAGUUGUUGAAUCCCUAGUCAGGCUCGCUAAGGACUUCAACAGGACGAUUGUUUUCUCCAUUCACCAGCCAAGAAGUAACAUUGUCGCUUUAUUCGAUAAGCUUUUGCUGCUACAAAACGGUGACGUUGUUUACUCUGGAAGAAUGGGUGAUUGUGCAAAAUUCUUUGCCGAUAGAGGCUUCCAGUGUCCACUCGGUUAUAAUAUUGGAGACUAUUUGAUAGAUAUUACAUCAGAAACUCCAAAGACCAGAACAUCUGCAUCAAGCACUGCUCAAAGGCACAUUCAUGAGGUUCCUACGGAUAUUAAUGAUGAUGAUACUACCGAAGAGUGGGCUCAUUAUGCUUCACACAGAGAUGAAAUAUCCACUGCAUUGUCACAAGGCGAGGAGCAGGCAGUACUAGGUUCAGAUAUUAGUACAAACAAGCUUUGCUCUCUUUUUGGAAAAUCGCCAGAGGCAACACAGUUGCAUUCGGAAAUAGAAGGUAUGGCCGAAACUUUCCAGGCCAACCAUUCUGUAAACGCCUCUGAUGCCAGUACGGAUGAUUCGUUUUUCCAGGAUGAUCCCGAAAAGGCAAAGGCUAGUUUUUUCACGCAGCUUUCUGUCUUGUGCUCUAGAACUUUCAAAAACUCUUACAGAAGCCCGAAAUUGCUCCUGGGACAUUACUUAUUGGCAGUUUUAAUGGGUUUCUUCUGCUCAUACUUGUAUUACAACGUUCAAAAUAACAUCUCGGGAUUCCAAAACCGGUUGGGGCUUUUCUUUUUCUUGCUCACCAUGUUUGGAUUUUCCACAUUAACCGGCCUGCACUCGUUCUCCGUUGAGAGAAUAGUUUUCAUUAGAGAACGCGCAAACAACUACUACAAUCCUUUAAGUUAUUACCUCAGUAAGAUUAUCAGUGAUGUGAUUCCUCUCAGGUUGUUUCCACCAAUAAUAUUCAUGGCAGUGAUCUACCCUAUUGUUGGUUUGAACAUGUCCGGCCCCAAAUUCUGGCUUUCCAUCUUGAUUGUAGUUUUAUUCAAUAUGGCUACUGCGGUGGAGAUCCUCAUUAUUGGUAUUUUGGUCAAGGAGCCAGGCUCAGCCACCAUGUUAGGUGUGUUGGUGAUGCUCUUUUCGCUUUUAUUUGCUGGAUUGUUUAUUAAUAAGGAAACGAUUCCAUCUGCAAUUGCAUGGUUCGAGAGAAUUUCCGUUUUCCAUUAUGGAUACGAGGCCUUAAGUGUCAACGAAGUUAAUGGAUUGGUUUUAAAGGAGACCAAAUACGGAUUGGAUAUUAAAAUUCCCGGUGCAGUUAUUCUUUCCACUUUCGGUUUUGAUGUUGAUGCUCUUUACACCGAUCUCUACUGGUUAUUGGGUAUGCUUGGUACUUUUAUUGUAUUGGGAUACCUUGGCCUUUAUUACUUUGUCUUUGAGACAAGGUGA